AUGGCAGCAGACGAAGAGCUUCAAUAUACCCCCCUUCGCACCCAAGAAAAUCAAGAUGAUGACAAGGCUUCGGAGAGUCAUUUCCAGUAUGACCACCGAAGAAAAUCCUUCCCCUGGACCUACGCGGUAAUCAUCCUCCUCGCCAUCUCGAACAUCGUAUCCAUCGGACUAUCCGUCCGGCAGCACACGCAUGCAGAAGAAGAAGAAGCCUCGGCGCCAGCGAAUCUCCCCAUCCCUCCAGAAAUCGGCAUAGAUCACAAGCCGUUCUGGUGGAACACACAAUACAGCAGCACCAAUAGCACACUGCAAGACGAGCUCUGGGACUCGAUUGUGUGGACCCAUGGAAUGAUAGCAAGGGACCGAGGAUGGGCUCAAUCCCAGAAUUGGCCGGACACAAUGCGUCUGCCAGGCGAUGAGAGCAAAGGCGUUUGGCUGCUGGAAGGGUACCAUGAGAUUCAUUGCUUGCGGCUGAUCAGGGAAUAUUGGAAGAAAAGCACGACGGAUCCUUCCUUCGACGUGCAGCCAAGCAGAGCAGCACAUGUUGCGCAUUGCUUCGAUGCGUUGUUCCAGGUUAUUCUAUGUCACGCAGACGCCACGCCCUUGGAUGUAACCGGAGGGACUGUUGUAGGCAAUGCCGAGCUACGGAAAUGUCGCGACUGGGGGCAACUUAGGGCUUAUGCCACCGAGAACUCCGCCUGUUAUAAGGAGAUGCCCGGUGCUGCUUUCGAGGACUACUUCGGGCAUUGUGAUGAUGGAGAUGGCAUAAGAGAUCUGAGGCCGCGGUGA